CACAUUUUCCUCUAAAUCAACAAAAUUCCCUUUGUUCAAAUGGGUGCUAAUCACAGCCGUGAAGAUCUGGAGCUUUCUGAUUCCGAGUCUGAAUCCGAAUAUGGGUCCGAGUCUCGAACAAGGGAGGAAGAGGAAGACGAAGAUAACUACUCAGAUGCUAAAACGACGCCGUCUUCCACUGAUCGGAAACAGAGCAAAACCCCGUCUUCUUUGGAUGAUGUUGAAGCAAAGCUGAAAGCUUUAAAGCUUAAGUAUGGUACUCCUCAUGCUAAAACCCCCACAGCGAAAAACGCUGUUAAACUUUACCUUCAUGUUGGUGGGAACACUGCGAAUUCCAAAUGGGUAGUUUCUGAUAAGGUGACAGCUUAUUCGUUUGUUAAAUCGGGUAGUGAGGAUGGAUCGGAUGAUGAUGAAAAUGAAGAAACUGAGGAGAAUGCUUGGUGGGUUUUGAAAAUUGGGUCGAAGGUUCGGGCUAAGAUUGAUGAGAAUUUGCAGCUCAAGGCAUUUAAGGAGCAGAAAAGGGUGGAUUUUGUGGCGAAUGGGGUUUGGGCUGUGAGAUUCUUUGGGGAGGAAGAGUAUAAGGCGUUCAUUGACUUAUAUCAGAGCUGUUUGUUUGAGAAUACUUAUGGGUUUGAGGCAAAUGAUGAGAAUAGAGUUAAGGUGUAUGGUAAAGACUUUAUGGGGUGGGCAAAUCCAGAAGCUGCGGAUGAUUCAAUGUGGGAGGAUGCUGGGGAUAGCUUCGCGAAGAGCCCUGCGUCUGAAAAGAAGACACCUUUGAGGGUUAACCAUGAUUUGAGGGAGGAGUUUGAGGAGGCAGCUAAAGGAGGAGCUAUUCAGAGCUUGGCAUUAGGUGCAUUGGAUAAUAGUUUUCUUAUAAGUGAUUCUGGAAUUCAGGUUGUGAGGAACUAUACUCAUGGAAUAAGUGGAAAAGGUGUUUGUGUCAAUUUUGAUAAGGAAAGGUCUGCUGUACCUAAUUCCACUCCAAGGAAAGCUCUACUUCUAAGAGCUGAGACUAAUAUGCUUCUCAUGAGUCCAGUGACUGAUAGAAAGCCUCACUCUCGGGGAUUACAUCAGUUUGAUAUCGAGACUGGGAAGGUUGUUAGCGAGUGGAAGUUUGAGAAAGAUGGAACUGAUAUCACGAUGAGGGAUAUCACUAAUGAUAGCAAAGGAGCUCAGAUGGAUCCUUCGGGGUCUACUUUCUUAGGGCUAGAUGAUAACAGAUUGUGUAGGUGGGAUAUGCGUGAUCGGCAUGGGAUGGUCCAGAAUCUAGUUGAUGAAAGUACUCCUGUGCUGAAUUGGACUCAAGGACAUCAAUUUUCGAGGGGAACUAACUUUCAGUGCUUUGCUACUACUGGUGAUGGAUCAAUUGUUGUUGGUUCACUUGAUGGCAAGAUUAGAUUGUACUCAAGCAGUUCCAUGAGACAGGCUAAAACUGCUUUUCCAGGCCUUGGUUCUCCUAUCACUCAUGUGGAUGUUACCUAUGAUGGGAAGUGGAUAUUGGGGACAACUGAUACUUACUUGAUAUUGAUAUGCACCUUGUUUAUCGACAAGAAUGGAACUACUAAGACUGGUUUUGCUGGUCGCAUGGGAAAUAAGAUUUCCGCUCCAAGAUUGUUAAAGCUAAACCCUCUCGAUUCACAUAUGGCUGGAGCUAACAAGUUCCGCAGUGCUCAAUUUUCAUGGGUCACCGAGAAUGGGAAGCAAGAGCGCCACCUCGUUGCUACUGUUGGGAAGUUUAGUGUGAUCUGGAAUUUUCAACAGGUGAAGGAUGGUUCUCAUGAGUGUUACCAGAAUCAGGUUGGGUUGAAGAGCUGCUAUUGUUACAAGAUAGUCCUAAGAGACGACUCUAUUGUAGAAAGUCGUUUCAUGCAUGACAAGUACGCUGUUUCUGACUCACCUGAAGCACCACUGGUGGUAGCAACCCCCAUGAAAGUCAGCUCAUUCAGCAUCUCUAGCAGGCGCUUACAAAUUUGAACAAUCAUUCUGUUCAUAUAUGCAACUUAUUAGAUUUAUCUGUAGCAGAAUUAGUGUCUCUCACACUAAGUAGCUUGAAAAACUGCACAUCUGCAAAUCAUUUCCAGUUCAAUGUAUUACUACUUUAGUUU